UGGAAACUAUUCAGUAAUACGCCGCCUCCGCAAAGACUUGACCCCUGAUUAUGCAUGGAUUUGUUCCCAGACUCGAUGUAGCCAUCCCGAUAUUAUAAAGACAAUUACAUUCUUCUGCACUGACUUUUCGAUCUCCCUACAGCAUUCAAGGAUAUGGUUGUCAAAGCCUGCGACUGGUGUUUUCGAAGCAAGAAAAGUGUUCCUUUACCCCGAGCGCCCAGGUCAUGUUCCAGCUGCCAUCAUCUCAAUCUUAUCUGCACUACAUUGCGAAGGGAGAAAAGUAUGGGCAGGAGACAUCAUUUCCAACCGGAAAAAGACGGGUUUGGGAUGUGCAGCCUUUAUCCAGGGCCCAGUAGACAUAUAACAGGACGACAAGCCUCUCCCCAACCAAAGUACUAGCCCAAUCUCACCAGAGGACGAACGCCAGCACUAGGCGUCA